UGCGAGAAUGAAGAUAUAAAACAAUCAGUUCAAUAUAAAAUUUUAGUUCAAAAAAAUUCUGUUUCCUUUCCAUGGCUCCUGUACCAAUUUCUAACAUCAACAUAGGACACAUUGAUGAUGUUCAAGAGUUAAGAAGAACUAAACCGAAGACAGUUCCUCAAAGAUUUGUAAGAGACAUGACAGAAAGACCAACAUUUCAAACAUCUCUUUCCCUACCAAACACUAACAUGCCUGUCAUUGAUUUUUCUAAGCUUAGUAAAGGGAGCAAAGAGGAAUUGCUCAAUGAACUUUAUAAGCUUUCAACUGCAUGUGAGGAGUGGGGAUUUUUUCAGGUGAUUAAUCAUGAGAUUGACCUUAAUCUGAUGGAGAACAUAGAGGAAAUGAGUAAGGAGUUUUUCAUGCUACCUUUGGAAGAGAAACAAAAGUACCCUAUGGCUCCAGGAACAGUCCAAGGGUAUGGACAAGCUUUUGUUUUCUCAGAGGACCAGAAGCUUGAUUGGUGCAACAUGUUUGCUCUUGGAAUUGAACCUCACUAUGUUAGGAACCCAAAUCUUUGGCCAAAGAAGCCAGAAAGACUCAGUGAAACAAUAGAAUUAUACUCAAGAAAUAUAAGGAAACUCUGCCAAAAUUUGCUGAAAUACAUAGCAUUAGGGUUGAAUUUGGAAGAAGAUGUUUUUGAGAAGAUGUUUGGUGAAGUAGUACAAGCCAUAAGGAUGAAUUACUAUCCAACAUGUUCAAGACCUGACCUUGUUUUAGGUUUGAGUCCUCAUUCAGAUGGAAGUGCUCUCACUGUGUUGCAACAAGCUAAGGGAAGCCCAGUGGGCCUUCAAAUACUUAAGGACAACACAUGGGUCCCUAUUGAACCAAUUCCAAAUGCUCUUGUCAUCAACAUUGGUGACACAAUAGAAGUUCUUACAAAUAGAAAAUACAAGAGUGUGGAACAUAGAGCUGUGGCUCAUGAGGAAAAAGAUAGACUCUCAAUUGUGACAUUUUAUGCUCCUAACUAUGAAAUAGAGCUUGGACCAAUGCAAGAAUUUGUGGAUGAAAAGCAUCCAUGCAAGUACAGAAGAUACAAUCAUGGAGAGUAUAGUAAACAUUAUGUAACAAAUAAGUUACAAGGAAAGAGGACCCUUGACUUUGCCAAGAUGGAAAUUAUAAAAUAAAAAUAAAAAUAGGAAGUAUUAGUUCUCCAACUAGUUAGGAGCACUAUAAUAUAAUUAGACUAUUGAGUAUAUAUAAAAAUCAACCACAUAAAGUAUCAAGUCAAGCUCUUAAUCAUUAUUUUUAUUGAAAAAUAGGUAGAAGAAAUAGUUUGGCAAUUAGAGGAGUGUGAUUGUGGCCAGAUACAUUAUGUAAUAUGCUAGCUUUCAAUGAAAAUUAAUUAAAUCUAAUAAUACUUCAUUUCCAA